AAACAAUAAGCAAAGAAAUCCAAAACAACCCUAAAAGGCUAAAACCUCGGAAGGGCAAAAACCCUGAGUUCAACUAAUCUCAGUUUAUCAGAUUCGCUUCUUCUUCAUCGUUCUUGUUGUUGUCGUUGUUGUUUUUUAAGGUUGUUUGUGAGCUUGUUAUUACCAGAAAUGAGGAUUGCUCGAGUUCUGUUGGGUUCACUCGAAGGUGGGUUACCACGCCCACGCCCAUGUCAGCAUCCCCGAAUUGUCAGAUUUCUCUCAACAGGGAAUGGGUUUGAUGGGCAGCACCCAAAUUCCAACUCAUUUGAGUCAGCCGAUGAAUUUGAACGGAGGAUUUUUGGUGGGUUUUCUGUGGAUAGUCCAAAGGCUCAAUCUUUUUACGAAAAGCUUGAUAGACUUGAGAGGUCACGUGGCCGUUCCGGUUCUCCAAUGGGUAGUGAAGAUGAGUCUGCAAUGGAUGGCUUGGACGAGAGUUUCAAUACAUUAUCGGAUGGAAUGGAUGGGAAAUUGAAGAAAGCGGCCACUUACUUCAAGUUCGAUAAAGGUGAAAUUGAGAAGGAUGAUUAUGCUUUUCGACCAGAUGUUAGCUUUCAAUCUGGAAUGAAGUAUGAACUUAAGGAUCUUGAUCUUAGAAGGCCAGGAGUACGUAAACCUGCCCAAAACAUCAAAUUUGAUGUAACUACGGAGGAAGUACUGAGAAAAGCCGAUUUCAGGAAUGUCAGAUUCCUGGCAAACUUUAUAACAGAGGCUGGAAUUAUUAUAAAGAGGAGCUCGACUGGUAUUAGUGCCAAGGCCCAGAGGAAGGUUGCCAGGGAGAUCAAGACUGCCAGAGCGUUUGGUUUGAUGCCUUUUACAACAAUGGGAACAAAGUCGUUUGUUUUCGGAAAAUCUAUGGAAGCUGUUGAUGAAGAUUAUGAAUAUGAGACUUUUGAUAGUGGCAUGACUGCUGAUGCAGACGAAAAAGAUCCUCUUCGAGGCUAAAAGCUUGGGCUGAGAUUUGAAUCUAGAAUAGUUUCAUUUCCUGGUAUCCUACUAUUUGGUUCAAGUCCCAUCUCAGCUUGCUGCAGCUGAAAUUGGCAUCAUAGUAAGAUGUGAUUGGUGCCAUUGAGGAUGCACAUAUGUUAGCAUUUCUGAUUUUCUUGAAGUAUACACUGCAUUUACUAUCAGAUUAGUUGGCAUGAUUAUAUCAAUGUUGUAAGAAAUUACAUAUUAUGAGAUGCUUAUUAUGACCCACCCUUUUAUAUAUUAUGAGAUACUUAUUCCUUGGAGUGAACUUACAAAAAGUUGGUUGGGAUGCUUAUUCCUUGGAGUGAACAUACAAAAA